UUUAACGGUAUUGAAAUAUGGAAAAAUUACUGGUACUUCGCUCGAAAGGUAUGGUACGACCUUACUGCGACGAAUGUGAAUCCUUGGUGGCCCUGGAACCUUUUUAUACCCACCGCAGGAAUUUGGAUGCCGACGACUCACGAACAUCCUCAGAACCAAUCGUUGAAUAAAAAUGCAAUUGGGGAAACUUAAUGAAAAUAGAGUUUUUCCUCAUGAAAACGGUGAAAACAGCGGGACAAAAGCUGGCCACAUGUGUACAAGAAAACCGAUUUUUCAGGAAAACCGCGGGAAACUGGAACAUGAUUUAUAUUAUAUUUUGCCAAUGUUAGGCAUUUGUGGUUCUUUAUUAUCCUAAGAAUAACCAGGGCUGAAAACAAUAAGGCCAGAGACAGAUUACAACAUAGUCAACGGAGAACUAGGUAUAACCUAUAAGAAAUCGAACCUUUCCAGGACACUAUCAAGCUAGAAACCUCUUUAAGUUCGUUUCUUUAUAUAUGUUUACAAUUAUAAACCUCUCCUGACUCACAGGUAAAGCUUAAAAUGUAUCUUUUUGUUAUGUAAAUUAUAAAUUUAGAAUAAAUUCUAAUUGCGAUCCUAUAGGUUUGAAAUCUUGAGUUUAGUUGUGGAAUGGGAUGGGAUGGGAUGAACAUUCAAAGUAAAACUAACAAAAUUAUAUCACAACUUUUUGAUAAAAAAAUGAUAUCGAUUGAACAACAAAAAUGGUUAAAAAUUAAUAAUGGUGUCGCUCCCAAAAUCUAUUUUUUACCAAAAAUUCAUAAAUUGGGGACACCACUACGACCCAUAGUUUCUUUUAUUGGUUCCCCUCUUUACAAUUUAACAAAACUUUUGUCCAACAUUUUACAACAUUUUUUUAUAAAAGAUGAACGAUAUGUGAAAAAUUCUUUUGAUUUCGCUAAUUACAUUAAAGAGCAAACAGUCCCUGAAGGUUAUAUUCUUGUAUCGUUGGAUGUUGUUUCUUUAUUUACUAAUAUACCGGUGGACCUAGUAACUGAUAUAAUCACCCAAAAGUGGCAUCUUAUCCGGCCUAAUACAUCGCUAGACCUUGAAACAGUUGUUUUUCUUUUUAAUUUUUGUAUUGAGAAUAAUUAUUUCCAACAUGGUGAAAAUUUCUCUACCCAAAUUUUUGGCCUAGGAAUGGAAAACUGCAUGUCCCCAAUAUGCUCAGACAUUGUAAUGGCACAACUACAAGAUCAGUGUAUUUCUGAACUAUCUUUUAAUGUACCUUUUUUCUGUAGGUACGUUGAUGACAUAAUCACGGCAAUUCCAAAUAAAAAAGAAAACGAAAUUCUAUCAGUCUUCAAUAGUUUCCAUCCACGUUUACAAUUCACUAUCGAACAAGAAAUUAACUGUAGUCUUCCAUUUUUGGAUGUUAAAGUCAUAAGAUCCACAGAUGGUACCAUAAAAACAGAUUGGUAUCAAAAACCAACUUUUUCAGAACGCAUUUUAAAUUAUUUUUCAGAACAUCCUAUGACACAUAAAAUAAAUGUAAUAAAAAACCUAAAACAUCGGUGCUUGAGACUUUCUAGUCCAGAAUAUCAAAGAAAAAACCUUCAUUAUGUUCAGACAAUUUUAAAGAAAAACAACUACCCCCUAUCAAUUAUUAAAAAAAUAAUUAACCACACCGAGAACAUUACUCAAAAUAUUACACGAAACAAUGAAAAUAAUCAAUUGGCUUAUUUCAAAAUUCCUUACAUUAACACACUUUCUCAUAAAAUUAAAAAGACCAUACAAUCAAAAUCUGACGUAAUUAAAAUCUCAGAAAAAAAUGAAAACUCGGUAAGAAAACAUUUCUUUACGAAGCUUAAAACUAAAGACGCCUUUGAUUUACAUUCUAACAUUAUUUAUAAAAUACCUUGCUCUGGGUGUGAUGUGUGUUACAUUGGUCAGACGGGUAGAUAUUUGAGGCAGCGCCUAUACGAGCAUGAGUAUGAUUGUAGGAAUUUAGCCCUUAAAAAAAACCCUACUGCUUUAGCUGAGCACAAAAUGAAUACAGGACACAAUUUUAAUUUUGGCAAGACUACAAUUAUGGGCCAACAGCAGCUUUUUAAAAAGAGACUUCUAGCCGAAAUGAUAAACAUAAAAAAACAUAAUAAUGCGGUAAAUAAAAGAACGGAUAUAGACAAUCUAAGUUCUUCUUAUUUUAAUCUAAUAGAUCAAAUCAAAAUGUAAACUUUUGGGACUGUUUUGGUUCUUAUCGCAAAAAAGAAUGCGUCUAUUGUGUUCUCGCAUACCCGGUUUUUCUGGCUAGAUGCUAAAUUAUUUUUGUACACCGUAGAAUCAAUUUUAAAGCAACUGUCUGUGAUACAACCCAUCAUUUUAAACCGUUUUUGUUAAAAAAUUUUAUAUAUUCUAUGUUACCUGUGUGUCCUGUAAACAUGAUUUUUUAUGACAAGCAAAAUCACACUGUUAUGUAAGCAAUUUUAUCAUUUUUUUUUUUGUGUAUCUUUUUAAUUCAAAU